AUGGUGUCCAACGUCAUCUAUGAAGGACUCAAGCACUCGUCAGCACCCACUGAGGACUCAGGAGGGGAGGAUGGUCUCCAGGGUCAGGUUCUGUCCCCGCAGGAGAUGACACAGCCAGACAAGCCUGAUCCUGGCUUGCCCCCCGUGCCACAGAGACCCACCAGCACAUCAGGGACACAUUUGGCUGGCAUCUCUGUUAUCCAGAUGCUCUGGAUGGUGGGGUUCACUGUGGAGGGCUCGGUGACGGAGUCCCCUCCAGGGCUGUCAGUCCUGGCUGGUUGCUGCCUGCAGCAGGCACUGCUGACUGCUUUCCCUCCCAUGUCUCUGCCCACAGAGGUCAGUGAGCAGCUUGUCAGCCCCUACAGUGAGACCAUCUUUGGGCACACAGCCCCAUCGCGGGAGCAGAAGGGUGUUGGCAUCUCCUCUGAUCAGAGCUACGAGACAGUGUCUGAGCUGGAGCUGGAACGAGAAGUGUGCAGGACAAGCAGCGAGUGCAGCAGUGAGGGAAGGAGUGAGGAUGAGGAGACCCGGUCCCGGCUCAUUGACCGCAUCAUCCAGAAUGACACGGAGGGAUACUCCACUGUGGAGGCACCGCGGGCCGAGGGCAGCCCGUUCAUCCUGCCUGCACAUCUCUACCCAGACGAGGUCCUGGAUGAUCUCACCAUCUCCCCUUACGCCAGCUUCACGUCGCUGUCCGAGCCCCGGCCCACCAUGCUCAGUGGAUGGCUGGACAAGCUCUCCCCACAGGGGAACUAUGUCUUCCAGAGGCGCUACGUCCGUUUCGACGGGAAGAACCUGAUGUACUUCAGCAGUGAGAAGGAGCCCUACCCCAAGGGGGUGGUCCCACUGUCUGUGAUAGAGAUGGCUCGCUCCACCAAAGACAACAAAUUCCAAGUCAUCACCAGCCACCGGAUCUUUGUCUUCCGUGCUGAGAAUGAGGCCCAGAGGAAUGAGUGGUGCUCCACGCUGCAGAAGAAGGUGACAGAGCAGCGUCUGGUGGGGUCCCGGCCCCGGCCCGCCAACACUGGCCACUGCCAGAAGUCAGGAAUCCUGGAGCUGAAGGGACAGAAGUCCAAGGUGUUUGCAACCCUGAGCCUGCCCGAGAUGUGGCUGUACAAGAGUGAGCAGUUCUUUAAAAUGGGCAUUGGCAUCUGUGUGAUUGAGAUGCGUGGCUCCACCAUCCGCGAAGCCAAGAACCGCAGCUUCGAGCUCAUCACCCCCUCCAAAAUAUUCAGCUUUGUGGCAGAGUCGGAGCGGGAGAAGCGGGAGUGGAUGGAGGCCCUGCAGGAGGCCAUAGCUGAAAUGCUCUAUGACUAUGAGGUGGCAGAGAAGAUCUGGUCUAACAAAGCCAACAAACACUGUGCGGACUGCUGGGCUCUGAGUCCCGACUGGGCAUCCAUCAACCUGUGCGUGGUCAUCUGCAAGCAGUGUGCAGGGCAGCACCGCAGCCUGGGCUCCAACAUCUCCAAAGUGCAAAGCCUGAAGCUUGACACCAGCGUGUGGUCCAAUGAGAUUGUACAGCUCUUUAUCAUGCUGGGAAAUGACCGAGCCAACCGGUUCUGGGCCGCUCGCCUCCCCGCCGCAGAGGCCCUGUGCCCAGACGCCAGCGCCGAGCAGAGACGGGACUUCAUCUCCCGCAAGUACCGAGAGGGACGGUACCGCCUGCCCCAUCCCCACUACGCCACUCAGGAGGACGUGCUCCAGGCACUGUGUGCUGCGGUGACAGGACCAGCUUUGCUCAAGACCAUCCUGCAGUUCUUCUCAUCCACGGAGGCUGGGCUGGCAGCUGACCUUGCUGCCGGUGAGGUGGCACCAGGGGGACCAGAGAGGAAAAGGCCCAGGAACCAUUCAGGGACCCCCCGCACACAGGAACUGGGUCCAGAGGGUGUCUACAAUGAGAUCACGCAGCCGGUGACACACAGUGGGUACCUGUACCGGGCCACAGCCCCCCACAAGCUCCCAGGCACCAAGAAGAGCAAAGAGGACUUCCAGCGCAUGUGGUGCUCCCUGGAGAGAGCCCUGCUCUUCUUUGAGACAGAGAAAUGCACUGAGCCCCUGGGCCACAUCGAGAGCGGGGACCUCCUCUCCAUGGGUGUGAGCAGAGCUCAGGCACUUGCCAGCCCUGGCCCCACUGAAAGGUUUCGCUUCACCCUUGAGCUCUUCCUCACUGGGGAGAAAGUGCAGCAGUUGGGAGCCGAUGGGCCUGAGACGCUGCAAGCAUGGGCCAGGGCCAUCGGCAAGUGGUUCACACCCGUAAGCUGUCACUGCCUGCUGGGCUACGAGUUCCAGCGCGUGGGCCAGCUGCGCUACAAGUGCAUGCUCAACCCCGAGUGGUGGCAGCGGGCCUUCUUCAUCCUGCAGAAAGCCCACCUCUUCAUCUGCCCCGCCGAGGAUGAUGGGGCUGAGGACAGCAUCAACCUGCGGCGGCUGCAGGAGCUCAGUCUGGUUCCCCCCACCGAGAACCCAGAAAAGAAGGAGCUGCUGAUCCUGGUGGAGAUGGGGAGGACGUUUUACCUGCAGGGCUUGUCACGGGCGGACUCGGCAGCGUGGUACAGCGACAUCCAGGCAUCAGCGGGAGGCCGGGGUAACGCGCUGCGGGACCAGCAGCUGAGCCGGGCAGACAUCCCCAUCAUCGUGGACAGCUGCAUCGCCUUCAUCACGCAGUACGGGCUGCGGCAUGAGGGGAUUUACCGCAAGAACGGAGCCAAGUCCCGGAUCAAGGUACUGAUGGAGGAGUUCCGGCGGGACGCCCGCAACGUCAAGCUGCGCAUCAAUGAUAACUUCAUCGAGGAUGUCACGGACGUGCUGAAGAGGUUCUUCCGAGAGCUGGAAGAUCCCGUCUUCACCCUGGAGCUGCACCCGCAGUGGAAGGAAGCUGCAGAAAUAUCCUCGAAGCCCCAGCGCCUGGAGCGGUACAAGGAGCUCAUUCAUCGCCUGCCUCGCCUCAACCACAAGACCCUGGCUGCGCUCAUCGGGCACCUCUAUCGGGUGCAGAAAUGUGCGGACCUCAACCAGAUGAGCACCAAGAACCUGUCACUUCUCUUCGCACCCAGCCUCUUCCAGACCGAUGGCAAAGGGGAGCAUGAGGUCAAGGUGAUGGAAGACCUCAUCGACAACUAUGUCAGCAUCUUCAAUAUUGAUGAGGACCAGGUAUCCCAGAUGGAUCUGGAGAACAGUCUGAUCACCACCUGGAAGGACACCCAGCUCUCACAGGCAGGGGAUCUCAUCAUUGAGGUUUACUUGGAGCAGAAGCUGCCCGACUGCUGCGUGACCCUGAAGGUGUCCCCCACGAUGACAGCAGAGGAGCUCACCAACCAUGUGCUGGAGAUGCGCAGUGUGGCAGCCAGCCUGGACAUCUGGCUGACCUUCGAGGCCCUGGAGAACGGGGAGCUGGAGCGGCCCCUGCACCCCAAGGAGAAGGUGCUGGAGCAAGCUUUGCAGUGGUGCAAGCUCCCGGAGCCCAGCGCCGCAUACCUGCUGGUGAAGAAGGUCCCCGUCGGCGAGGGCAGCUGUCUCUUCACAGGCGUCAAGCGUGAGAUUCCCAAGUGUGGGCUGCUGAAGUGCCGUGAGGAGCCUCCCAAGCUGCUGGGGAACAAGUUUCAGGAGCGCUACUUCGUCAUCCGGGACCGGAGACUGCUGCUGCUCAAGGAGAAGAGGAGUGCCAAACCGGAGCGUGAGUGGCCCCUGGAUGCAGCCAAGGUUUACAUGGGCAUUAGGAAGAAGCUGAAGCCACCAGCCCAGUGGGGUUUCACACUGACCUUGGACAAGCAGCAGCUGUACCUGGUGUGCUCGGGGCAGGCUGAGCUGUGGGACUGGACCACCAGUAUCCUCAAGGCUCAGCACGAUGACCUGCGCCCCGUGGUUCUGCGCCGGCGCUCCUCCUCCGACCUCGCCAAGCAGAAGUUUGGCACCAUGCCGCUGGUGCCGCUGCACGGGGACAGCACCGAUGCCACCAUGCUCUCUGCCAACCAGACUCUGCGCCGCCUGCACACGCGAAGGACUUUGUCCAUGUUCUUUCCCAUGAAGAUCCACCAAGACUCCCUGGAGGAGCAGCAGGAGAAGGAGGCAGAUGCUGAUCCUGUCUAUGAGGAGGUGGGCAACUUCCCUGAGCUGGCCACGCUGGAGCUGGGUCAGGGGCUGCUGGCAGAUCUGUCGGCUGCGCCCCCCAUGGACAGGUCCAAGAAGCCAUCCCCAUUCCCUGAGCAGCCCCCAGCCACAGCACUGCGCUCCUCGCUGCCCGCCAGCCCGGUCCAGAGGCUGACAGGUCCCUCUGUCACCAAAGCCCUGUCCCUCGAGAGGGGCUUGAACCUGGAGAGCGACAAAGCUCUAGCCCAGGGGCUCAGACCCACCAAAACAGCCUCUCUGGAGAGGAACAUGGAGCCUUCCCUGGCACUGGGUAGGGACUGGGAGCAGGCAGCCACACCAGGGAGCAGUCCCAGUGCGGAGAUCACUGUGGAGAUGGCCAGGCGGAGGAGCAUUCAGCCUCCACCCAUCAAUGACAAACUCAUCCAGGAGCUCAGCAGCGUCAUCCUCAGGAAGAAUGAGGGCCAGACACCAGGGCCGGGCCAGCCGGUGACGUGA